AUGCUGCCAAAGAACGCCAUUACUGUUCUCGCCCUUGCCACACUAGGCUCGGCUGCCAGCAUCCUCCCCAUCAAGGUUGACCACGAGAUCACCCCUCAACCACGAAACCCAGAACUGGUCAACUCGCGAGAUCUCGAGACCAAUGACGUGCGCCCCAAUCCCCGUGGCGUGAUCCAAGUUCAGGAAUGCACUGUCACUGGGUGCGAUAAGAACGACAAGCGAAGCAGCAACAGCGAUAGGACCAGGCCAUGGCACUUUUCCAGCAACCUCGGUGAUAGGAAUGCCGAAGUUGCCUCGAGAGGAUUCCAGGCCCAAGAAUGUGGCAUUACUGGCUGUCUUGAAAAGGUCCGGGAUGAAGCCCGCCACCUUGAGGACUACUAUCGCGAGAAGAGGCAGGAAUAA